AGAUGAAUUCAUCUGAUAAAACUAUUCCACGAGAGAAGUUUCGUUGCUGUUUUUGCUGUCAUGUUCGCACUGGAACAAUAAUUUUAGGAACAUGGCAUUUGUUACUUCAUAUCCUGGCACUUCGUUUGUUAUUUGGUAUUAUGUUUCAUCCAAAAGCAAUCUCUUGUCAAAUCUCAUCUACUAGUAUUUCUGAUUGUAGCACUGCUUUACCUGAUUUGAGAAAACCUUCAUUUGACUAUGUUUUCACAUCAGAUAUUUAUAGUUCUGAAUUACGUGGAUUGAUUGGUGGAAUUAAUUUGAUAGUGGAAGGUGUUGAAGGGAUUGUUAUAACAACAUGUACUGGAGCACUAACUGUUCUUUUGUUGUUAGGAGUUAUAAAAGUGCCUGAUGUGCAAGACAUGAUUCAAAAUGCACCAUGCUUACCUUUUCGAAAGCUAUUGCUUUGCAUGGAUCCACAAUGGUUAUUGGCUCUUAUGAUGAUUAUAGUUAUCUUAUGUAUGAUGCUAAAGGUAUGUACUACUUCAUUAGCAAAAAUUUUAAUUAAAAUUACAUUUGAGUCUAGAAGUUAUAUUUGAUAUUUAAUAUUUAAAUGUAAUAUUUUU